AUGGAAGUAGACGCUAUCGUUAAAUGCCUUUCUUUUGCUGCUAUGGCUGCAAUUGCCUAUAUGCUAUAUUAUCACCACCAAGCCAUGAAAAAGUUUGAAGAGCAGUUAGAGAAUGAAGGCGAAGAAGUAUUCUCAUCUUCCAUUCCUCAGCCAUCCAAGCGGCAAAAAACUGAAAAGUUUCACAAUGAAACCGAAAAUUUUGGAGCCCAAAGUCAUGAUUUAUUAUUUGGAGCUUCAAUUCAAGAAGAAUACUCAUCCUACCAGCCAUUGAUAACAAUUCCUACACGCCAUGAAGUGUGUGUUGGAACAGAAGAUGAUAUAGAAAUCAUUGAAAACGGAAAACCAGAGAAAAGACCAAGAAACUCUGAAAGAUCAGCAAAUCUAAAGAAAGUACAGAGAAAACCCAUCCCAUUUGUGCAAAAUGGUGUUAAGGAAAAGAAUGUUCAUUGUGAUGUCAAUUUUCACAAAGAUAGAAGAGAAGCGUUUUAUGCAAAACUAAACUCCCCCCCUCCGUGAGUGAACAAAAAACUUUUGCCACGGGGUAAUUUUUUUUUUAAAAAACAUUUAUAUAUAAAAAUUUUUUUUUUCCAAAUUUAAAAAAAUCCUAAUUCGUAAAAAUUGGAAAGCAAAAAUAUUAUUUAAUUUAUAAAAUUUAUAUUUUAAAAAGCAAUUCGUUUAAAAUUAGACAGAAUUACCUCUAGAUUUCAUUAUACUAAUUAUCAUUAAUAUAUCAAAAUUGUUUUUCAUAAAAAAAUUUUCUAUUAAAAAAAAUUUUUGUUCACUUACGGAGGGUGGGUUUUUUGGGCAAAAAAUAGGGAUUUUUCUAAUGGUUUUGUUCACUUACGGAGGGGGGAGUAAGAGAAAGGCCUAAUAGCCCAGUAAAGAGAUUUGUCGUAGAAGAAACAAAGAAAAAGGCAAAUGAAAUUGUGCACAUAAUUGAUCAAAAGCCACAAGCAGCUUUUUCACUAGAAUUAAGUGGAGAAAAAGUCGCAAAAAUGAGGGAAGAAUUUAAACGUUCAUAUAAAGAAGCUCAAGCCGCUCCAAAAAUUGCAGAGCCUGUUAAGAAAGUUGAGGAAAGAAAUGUUAAUUUGGUAGGAAACAUUAGAGAAGCUCCAAAGCCUGAUUCAGGUUUAAUUAAAAGUAAAGAGGAAGCCAAAAUAGCACCCCUAUCUCAAGAAUUUUCGCAAAAAUCGUCACCACUAAAUCUAUCUAACUAUUCUCUUUCAAUAGCAAUAUUUUAUUUGCUCACCAUACUUCAGAUAUAGACUUUUUGUUAUAAAAGAAGUUAAAAAAUUUGUAACUUAAAAUAGAUAGCAAAUGGAUUAAAAACAUUAAAUUUAUUUUUGAUUUUAAAGUAAAAGCAUUUAAAAGGUGAAAAAAAUUAGUGUUGUUUGAUUUCAAAGGAGGGAAUAAACAAUUCCCAGAAAUAACUCAAAAAUCCCAAACAUUAUCUCACUCCUCCCCUUAGUGAACAAGCAAAACUAUUAGAAAAAUCUUAUUUUUUUUGAAAAAAAUUCUAGCAAACUAUUUUUAACAUAAAAAAUUUUUUUAUAAAAAUAAUUAAUAUAAAAGUGGUAAUAAUUAUAGCUAACUCUGUUCUAUAUAUUUAGCACCUUGCAUUUUAAAUUAAGUUAUUUUUGAUAUUUUUUAAAAUUCGAAAAUUAACUAUAAAUAUAUCUGCAUAAUUAAAAAAUAAUUAACACCAUCAGUAAGUGAAAUAAAUAUUUUUGUUUUUUUCAAAGAGGCUGUUAGGAUACUCAAAAGUAUCCAUUUGGUGGAGAAACUCUUCAAAAGACUUCUCAGCUCAUAGAAAAAUCUGUAACUUCUGAAGCAUCCCAAAAGUCAUCACUAUUUGGAGGAGAAACUGCUAAAGUCUCAACAUCAGCUCCAGCAUACUCUUUCUUUGCUUCACAAUCUCAAGCAGCAUUAUUCUCAGCACCAUCAACUCAAAAAUCAGAGUCCGAUCUUUCUAAAGAAACUGAACAAAAAUCCAAAUCUUCUUUAGAACCCUCAAAGGUUUCAGAUACUGGCCUUAAGUUUUUAUUUAGUUCCAGUGCCAUUGCCUCUAUUCAGAUGCCGAAGCCGCCUGCAGAACUCAUAAAAAAGCAAGAAGAAAAUAAAAGUUCGGCAUCAUCAAACAGCACUCAACCAAUUCUUGCUGAAACAGUUAAAUCUGAGGAGUCCAAAAAAAGCGAAAAUACGCCUGCUUUAGCUAAAUCUGAGGAGUCCAACAAAAGCGAAAAUAAGCCUGCUUUUCCAUCCCCAUUUGGGAGUUUUACAAAUCCCUUUACAAAAAAUGAAAACCAGCCUGCUUCCUCUUUAUUUGGAGGAUCAACAAUUUUUAGUGGAAAAACAGAAUCUCUUGCUGACACACAAAAGUCGGCUGGGUCUUUAUUUGGAGCCAAAAUAGGUGAAGCUAAAAAUUUUCCAACUACUGCAACUCAGAGCCAGCCUCCUUUAUUUCCAACUAAUCUGUUAGCCUCUUCCUCAACUCAGCCUUCAUCUUUCUCAGAUCCUUUUAAAUUAGCAUCUGAAGCGAAAACUUCUUUAUUCCCUGCUGCAAGCCAAAAUAAAGAUGCAGACGGGAAGCAAGAAACACAAAUUAAAUAUCCAGAGUUACCAAAACCUCCAACAACAACUCCACAAAAUCUAUUUCCAGGAUUGCCUACAAAUUCGUUAUUUAAUGCCAAGUCUUCAGAUAAAUCAUUAUUUCAGUCAGUUAGUUCACAAGGUAGCUUUUUUGGCACUCCCAAUCUAACUCCCUUCCCAGAUUCAGCUAAAUCACAAACUCCUCCAACUUCUGCUGACCAGAAACCUCAAACUCCUCCUACAAGUUCUCUGUUUGGCUCUAAAUUUCCUUUCUCAAACCCAUCAGCGUUCAACCCAAAUUCUUCAAUGAAUAGCAAAUAG